CGUAGAUAUUCCAAACAAAAAAAAACUAAUCGAAAUAAAUUCGGCUGUGGUUAAUAGUUGGUUUAAAUAAAAUGAAUUUUUUUGGAAGCAAAGAUGACCACUAUCAAUCGACGAGUAGUGAGGAAGAAAGCGAUUCGGGAUCCGAUUAUAACGAUCCCGUGCGUAGGGUGAAGGUAUCGAAUGUGCAGUCCACGGGAAUCGGUACCGUAAGAAAACGACGCGGAAAUCUUCCCAAACACUCCGUGAAGAUACUGAAACGUUGGCUGUACGAGCAUCGGUACAACGCGUAUCCCAGCGAUGCGGAGAAGCUGACCCUUUCACAGGAGGCGAGUUUAUCGGUACUACAAGUGUGCAAUUGGUUUAUUAACGCGCGAAGAAGGAUCUUACCGGAAAUGAUUCGAAGAGAAGGUCACGAUCCACUGCACUACACCAUCUCUCGUAGGGGUAAAAAGCUCAACUCGUCCGGAAGCAGUAGCGGCACGUCUCGCGCAAGCUGGAGCGACGACAAACGGAUCAAGUUAAAUCCGCAGUUUGAUACCAACGUGACGUUCGUGUGUCGAUCUGAAGAUGACAGUUUACAAAUGAACGGAAGCUCCAGUGGCAAUGAAGAAGAAGUACUUCCUGAAUGGCAAACCAUCAUUCGUCGCGGAUUAGUGCCCAAUGAAGAAUAUUCGCCAGUCUGCAUUACCGAACAAGUAGCACCGAUAAAUGUCCAUUGGAAUACUCAUCAGUUCCUAAAUAUGUCAACUGCUCCCCCUCAAGAAUACUUACGGCAAGCGGACAACUCCCCAGUAGUUGGAGUUGAUCCGUUACUGUCUCAAACGCGUGCAGUCACUCCUCCGCCAGAACAGGACAAGGAAAAGUACAAAUGUUUGCAUUUUUUGGUUGAAACAGCAGUGGCCGUUCAGCUUCGUGAAAAGGAACAGGAGAAGGAAACUUAUUUUUUACCAUUUGAACAUUGUUAAUAAUUGGUACUGUGAAAUGAAUUUUAAUAAAGUG